AUGAAUGCAUACCUCACCAAGCAACACAGCUGCAGCCGGGUGUCCGAUGGGAUGGAUGCCGGCAGGAGCGCACCCACGCUGAUCAGGGAUGCCCACUGUGCUUGUGGCUGGCAGAGGAACCCUCAGGGACUCGGGUAUAAUUCUCAGACCAUGCCCUCCUCAGGACCUGGGGGCCCAGCUUCAAACAGAACCAAGUUGAUCACCCUGUGGGACAGUGUGCGGAAAAGCCCCCACAAGACAGACACCAAGGGCAAAGGGACUUGUGGGGAGCGUUGUGCUUGCCCACAUGGGUGGUACAGCCCAGCACAGGCAAGUCCUGCUCCUAUAAUUGUCAACACAGAUACUUUGGACACGAUUCCAUAUGUCAAUGGGACAGAAAUUGAAUAUGAAUUUGAAGAAAUUACCUUGGAGAGGGGGAAUUCUGGUCUGGGAUUCAGUAUUGCUGGAGGGACAGAUAACCCCCACAUUGGAGAUGACCCUGGCAUAUUUAUUACAAAGAUUAUACCAGGAGGAGCUGCAGCAGAGGAUGGGAGACUCAGAGUCAAUGACUGUAUCUUGCGGGUGAAUGAAGUCGAUGUGUCCGAAGUUUCCCACAGUAAAGCAGUGGAAGCCCUCAAGGAAGCCGGGUCUAUUGUUCGACUUUACGUGCGCAGAAGACGACCCAUUUUGGAGACUGUUGUGGAAAUCAAACUGUUCAAGGGACCGAAAGGUUUAGGUUUCAGUAUUGCAGGAGGUGUGGGGAACCAGCAUAUUCCUGGAGACAACAGCAUUUAUGUAACUAAAAUUAUAGAUGGAGGAGCUGCACAAAAAGAUGGAAGGUUGCAAGUAGGAGACAGACUACUAAUGGUAAACAAUUAUAGUUUAGAAGAAGUAACACAUGAAGAGGCAGUAGCAAUACUGAAGAACACAUCAGAUGUAGUUUAUCUAAAAGUUGGAAAACCCACCACAAUUUAUAUGACUGAUCCAUAUGGUCCACCUGACAUUACUCACUCUUAUUCUCCACCAAUGGAAAAUCAUCUACUCUCUGGCAACAAUGGCACUUUAGAAUACAAAACUUCCCUGCCACCCAUCUCUCCAGGAAGGUACUCACCAAUUCCAAAGCACAUGCUUGUUGAAGACGACUAUACCAGGCCUCCGGAACCGGUUUACAGCACUGUGAACAAACUGUGUGAUAAGCCUGCUUCUCCCAGGCACUAUUCCCCUGUUGAGUGUGAAAAAAGUUUCCUUCUCUCAGCUCCCUACCCUCACUACCACCUAGGCCUGCUCCCUGACUCUGAGAUGACCAGGUACUUCCAAAAGUCCACUUCAAAGAGAGAACCUAGUCUUUCUCAAACCAGAACACUACUUCUCACUCAGGAGCCUCGCAAGGUGGUCCUGCAUAAAGGAUCCACUGGCUUGGGCUUCAACAUUGUGGGCGGGGAAGAUGGAGAAGGUAUUUUUGUAUCCUUCAUUUUGGCUGGUGGACCAGCAGACCUAAGUGGGGAGCUCCAGAGAGGAGACCAGAUCCUAUCGGUGAAUGGCAUUGACCUCCGCGGUGCAUCUCACGAGCAGGCUGCAGCCGCAUUGAAGGGGGCUGGGCAGACGGUGACUAUUAUAGCACAAUACCAACCUGAAGAUUACGCUAGAUUUGAGGCCAAAAUCCAUGACCUACGAGAGCAGAUGAUGAACUACAGCAUGAGCUCCGGGUCUGGAUCCCUGCGAACGAACCAGAAACGCUCCCUCUAUGUCAGAGCCAUGUUUGACUAUGACAAGAGCAAGGACAGUGGACUGCCAAGUCAAGGACUUAGUUUUAAAUACGGAGAUAUUCUCCAUGUUAUCAAUGCCUCCGAUGAUGAGUGGUGGCAAGCCAGGAGAGUCACUUUGGAGGGCGACAGUGAGGAGAUGGGAGUCAUUCCCAGCAAAAGGAGGGUGGAAAGAAAGGAACGUGCCCGAUUGAAGACAGUAAAGUUUAAUGCAAAACCUGGAGUGAUUGAUUCAAAAGGGUCAUUCAAUGACAAGCGUAAAAAGAGCUUCAUCUUUUCACGAAAAUUCCCAUUCUACAAGAACAAGGAGCAGAGUGAGCAGGAAACCAGUGACCCUGAACGAGGGCAAGAAGACCUCAUUCUUUCCUAUGAACCAGUCACAAGGCAGGAAAUAAACUAUACCCGGCCUGUGAUUAUCUUGGGCCCCAUGAAGGAUCGGAUCAACGAUGACUUGAUAUCUGAAUUCCCUGACAAAUUUGGAUCCUGUGUGCCUCAUACUACGAGGCCAAAGCGAGACUACGAAGUGGAUGGCAGAGAUUAUCACUUUGUUAUUUCCAGAGAACAAAUGGAGAAAGAUAUCCAAGAGCACAAGUUUAUAGAAGCCGGCCAGUACAAUGACAACUUAUAUGGAACCAGUGUACAGUCUGUGAGAUUUGUAGCAGAAAGGGGCAAACACUGUAUACUUGACGUAUCAGGAAAUGCUAUCAAGCGGUUACAAGUUGCCCAGCUCUAUCCCAUUGCCAUCUUCAUUAAGCCCAGGUCACUGGAACCUCUGAUGGAGAUGAAUAAGCGUCUAACAGAAGAGCAAGCCAAGAAAACCUAUGAUCGAGCAAUUAAGUUAGAGCAAGAAUUUGGUGAAUAUUUUACAGCUAUUGUCCAAGGAGACACCUUAGAAGAUAUAUAUAACCAAUGCAAGCUUGUUAUUGAAGAGCAGUCUGGGCCUUUCAUCUGGAUUCCCUCAAAGGAAAAGUUAUAA